CAGAGGACAGCAGUGGUGGGAGGAACACACUAUUCUGAUUAGAAACUGACUUUCAGAACGGGCCUUGGGGACUUGGCUCUCCCUUCAGCGUCGGUGAGGCAGCAUAUAUCUUCCCUCACUGAAGCUAGGGGACCAGGGUCACCUCCACCCCAUCUGGCUGUGCCAGAGCUCUCAGCCUUUGGACACUGGCUGUGUGGAUGAAGGGUCCACCUGAGCUCCAGUGAGAACACCCACCAGCCCAGUUUCCUCCUGAAGGAGAGAGGGAGAGAGGGAGGAUGGUGGAUUUUCCGGGAUACAGCCUGUCUGGUGCAGUUGCCUCCUUCUUCUUCAUACUGCUCACCAUGAAGCAGUCAGUUGACUUUAGAGUGAUUGGUCCUGCUCACCCCAUCCUGGCCAGGGUGGGGGAAGAUGCCCAGCUAACAUGUCAGCUCCUCCCCAAGAGAACCGCGGUGCACAUGGAGGUGAGGUGGUACCGCUGGGAGCCAAGUGCGGACGUGCUGUUUGUAUACCGGGAUGGAGCUGAGGUGACCGAGAUGCAGACGGAGGACUACAGGGGCCGAGUGCAGUGGGUAGAGGAUGACCUUGCUGAGGGAACUGUAGCUCUGAAGAUGUACAACAUCAGACCAUCCGAUGAUGGGCAAUACUGGUGCAGUUUCCAAGAGGGGAACUCUCGUGGAGAAACCAGCUUGCUGAUCAAAGUAGCAGGUCUGGGGUCUGCCCCUCACAUCCACAUGGAGGGAUCUGAGGAAGGUGAAAUCCAGCUUGUUUGCACUGCAGAAGGCUGGUUCCCAGAGCCCCAGGUUUAUUGGGAAGACAUUAGGGGACAGAAGCUGCUGACUUUCUCUGAGUAUCAUAUCCAAGAUGAAGAUGGCUUGUUCUAUGUGGAAGCCACGCUCAUGGUCAGGAACGCCCCUGCAGAGGCUGUGUCCUGUUUCAUCCACAACCCCAUCCUCAACGAGGAGAAGGGCUCAGUCAUCUCCAUCCCAGAAAAACUCCAGAAUGAGCUUGCUUCCUUAAAAGUGAUUGGACCUUCCCAGCCUCUUCUUGUCAGAGUGGGAGAAGACAUACAAUUAACCUGUUACCUGUCCCCCAAGGCUAAUGCACAGAGCAUGGAGGUGAGGUGGGUCCGAUCCCACCGCUACCCUGCUGUUUAUGUGUAUAUGGAUGGGGACCAUGUGUCGAAAGAACAGAUGGCAGAAUAUAAAGGGAGGACAGCAUUGGUGACUGAUGCCCUCAGCGAGGGAAGACUGACCCUGCACAUACGCAACACCAGCAUUUCAGAUGACGGGCAGUACCGGUGCCUUUUUGAAAAAGACGGUGUCUACCAGGAGAGCAGUUUGGAUCUGAAGGUAGUAGGGCUGGGUUCUUCUCCGCAGAUCACCAUGGAGGAGCUGAAGGAUGGAGAAAUGCAGCUGAUGUGCAGCUCAGAAGGGUGGUUCCCGCAGCCCCGUGUGCAGUGGAGGGACAUGGAAGGAAUGACAGUUCCAUCAUUUUCCGAGGUCCUGACUCAAGGCAGCCAUGGGCUGUUCCAUGUGGAGACAUUUCUGUUGGUCCCGAACAGUUCUGUUGUGAACUUGACAUGCUCCAUCAGCAACCCCCUUCUUGGAGAGGAGAAAAUGGCAACUUUUUCUUCCUCAGAUUUCAGGAAGACCUCUUCAUGGAAGAUCCUAUUUAUAUUUGGAUUGCUUCUUCUUGCAACUGUAGGCCUGAUAAAGAGAAAGAGCUGUAGAAAUGUGAAUGUGACACUGGAUCCAAAUGCAGCUCCCCGAGAACUGAAUAUUUCUGAGGGAAAGAAGAAUGAGACCCAUAGACUGUCAUGUAACCAGACAUCCCACAGAAAUGUAUCUGUCUGCUCCAUGCUCCGGGUCCGGGGGCUCACAUCAGGGAGGUGGUAGUGGGAGGUAGAGACUGAGGACAAGACAGGAUGGGUUCUGGCUAAGGCCGAGGACAAUACCAUGAUUCAUUUCUGUGUCACCACAGAACAAGUUUGGGCAAUGGGUGUCUAUGGACAUGAGUACCAGAUGGUUACCGCUUCUCCAAGCCUUAUAUCCUGAAGAUGGUUCCAGGACGGGUCAGAAUCUCCCUUGACUAUGUAUUUGGACAUGUCCUGUUUUAUAACAUGACUAAGUGAUCUAUCUUCACCUUCUCCCUCAGUUUUCUUCUCUGAAAUUCUACACCUCCUCUUCAUUCUUUGAUCCCCUAAUGUAGUUUCUCCUGACACCAUUCCCUGAGAUUCUGGACACCAGGAUUAGAUUCCAAGUCUCAGCUUUUUUUCUCUUUUUGCCUUGAAAGGGGACUCAUGAGACCAUCAUACUAAAUUAAGCGUGCUUUAAUCUCACUCUCGUUUCAAAUCUGACCUGGAGACUGAUCCCUUCAGAGAUCUAACUUACCCCAAGUUCUCUGAUAUUCUGCCUACUGAUCACAGUCUGAUAUAUGAUGGCCAAAGACCCUUAGAAAAUCCAAUGGAAAAUGCAAUUUAGCCUAGAGAAGGGCAUGCAAGGAAUUAUGCAGUGCUUGAUUGGUUUCUUUAAAAAGAACACAAUGAAUUAUUUAAGUAGCCAUGAGAAAAUGAUAAAUACAUUUUAAAGAGAGUAAGAAAAAACAUAGCCAAAUUAACCGAGAAAAACCUAUUGCUAAUACAUAAUCUAGAAGUGUGGAAUCCCUGCUCCAGGAUUUUUCAGUAAGUUAACAGAAAAUGUGAAGUAGAGACAAUUUUUAGAAAUUCUGGUCUAAGAGGAAAUUUAACUUCAUGUAUAUGAAACUGGGUGAUGGGUACAUGAGAGUUUAU